ACUUUGUAACAAAACAUAGGCACGAAAGGUAACUCUAUGUGUUUUUAGGCGAGAUUAGCUGACUAUGGCGUCACGAAAUUUGUUAUCGGUAGACUUCGAGGUGUUUGGAACAGUUCAGGGUGUCUUUUUUCGCAAGUUUACUAAGGAUACAGCCAAGUCGAGAAACUGUGUCGGAUGGGUGAUGAACACCCGAGAGGGUACAGUCAAGGGAGUUGUUCAAGGGGAAGCCAACAAUGUGGCAUAUAUGAAGAACUGGCUAAAAAAUGAGGGAAGUCCAUCUUCUAAAAUCACUGACUGCACCUUCAAGAAUGAAAGACAAAUAUCAUCCCUUGAUUUUUCUGACUUUAAAGUAGAGCAUUGAGUUCAAGCUGCAUGUCAUUUUGUUUCACCAUUGAGCUUUGUCGGCAGUUUGAGUCUCAAAUCUUUCUUUCCCAGAUGAUUGUUGGAGGCUUUUGUGAGGUUAACCUGUCUAAAGUUUGGCUGACAUAAACAAAUGGACUGGACAUACCAUGCAAGACCUUUUUACCUGCUUCUAAAGAGUGACUUGACUGGUGAUGUCAACCAGUGCAACUAUCGUGCUGUUCUAACCCACCACCCAGUUUGCUGACAACCAGUCUUGUUCAUCAGCUGGUAAAGGGAUGAAUGAGUGAAUAACAUUACUACUUAUUUAUUUUUAUUGUAUGCAAUUAUUUUAAUACAUAAUUCAUCAGUUGUGUUCUUGCAAUGUGUUGGCACAUUUGUUGGCCUAUAAGUGCUCCCACUGGGUUAUGAAUAAACUUCUUGCCCCUUG